AUGACGGAAAUAUCUUCAAAAGGGUUUCGAGUUUAUAUCAAGAAUUUACACUACUCAACCACAGAAGAAGAUUUGCUGCAAUUACUAUGCAAAUACAAUCUUGUGAAUGUACUAGUUCCAAGCUCUACAGUUAGGUUCAGUAGAUCUGGGAGACGCAAAUCUUUGGGGAUUGCAUAUGCCGAAUUUGCUACAGAAAAGCAGGCCGAACUUGCUGUUAAAGAACUAGACGGUGCGCUUCUUAAUGGUAAAAAGAUUUCCAUGAAGAAAUCAAACCCUUAUACACCUUUGACUUCCAGCAACUUUGGCGCUAGGUAUUUCCAUUUAACAUGGAAGUGGAAUAAAUUUUUAAAAAGUAAUAAUUUGCACGAAGAAGGAGAAGAAGAAGAAGAAGAAGCAGAUGAUGAUGAUGAGGUGGAGGUGGAGGAGGUACAAGAGAAUCAAGAGGAUCAAGAGGAUCAAGAGGAUCAAGAGGAUCAAGAGGAAGCAAGAAUAGGAGAGCCCGCACCAUCAUUUUUGUCACAACUUCAAGUUACUCAACAGACAGGGAGUGAUUCAGUUGUAGAGCUCAAUGAAAACGAGAAUGAAGCAGUGGAAGCAAUUGAAUUAAUUGAUGGUUCGUCAUCGACCCAAGAAAAUGGCUUAUUUAUAGAUAGGAACCUGUCAAAUAUUUUCAAGCGCUAUACAAUUUUGCUUUCAAAAAUAACGGAAGGAAUCAAUAUGCAAACUAUACUAGAUUAUUUUAAAGAUGUUUUACCGUUCAAGGUUACAAUUUUGGAAGUCAAAAAGACAAAAUUCAAACGGUUUGCUGGGGAAUACAAAAAUAUUUUGGUGACAUUUCAUGCAUCCCAGGGAUACGGUGAGUUGGUUGUUGCAAAAUUGAAAACCAAAGAAUUCAACGGAAAACAUGUAAAGCUUUUGUUAAUUGACCAGAACAAAGAAGAGAGAUUAAUCAAGAAUGCUCAGAUGAUCACCCGAUUACCCUAUGUAUAUACAGAAAACGUCAAUGAACUGCAAACUGUUGCCUCUGUACAAGUUCCACCCAAAUCUGAGCACAAUGUUGCAAUCAAUCAUUGCGACAUUCGGUACUCAGAAUAUCCAAACAUCACAAAGGAGAAUGAGGCGGAGGCGGAGGAGGGACAGGAACAGGAACUGGAACUGGAGGAGGAAAAGGAGAUGAAUGAGGUGUCACCAAAACAAGAGGAACAAUACCAUGACGAAGAAGUGGUGCAUGGCCCAAAAUAUUCAACAGCAAAAAGAAAAGAAGUUGUGGUUGAAGAACAAGAACAACAACAAGAUGAAGAACAAGAUGAAGAACAAGAUGAAGAACGAAAAGCAAGUCAUUGUAAAUACAAUGAGCUUGAAAAGGUCAUCAACACCAGGAUUAGUCCAAACCUGUCAGCUAGUUCCGAUUUUGCUGAACCAAUCGUUACCCCGCUUGCUCACUCUACAAUAAGCUAA